CUUCCUGCCCUGCUCUCCGCUCCUCCCCGCGGGCUUCUCCUCUGUGUGACGGAGAGAACCCCGCAGUGCGCGCUGAGGUCCGGACUCUGACAUGGAGCCUCUCCCUCUGUAAAGUUACCUGCUCGCAUGGCUCUCUGUCGGCCGGCCGGACAAUAGACAGCCCGCUGCAGCUUCUCCUCCUCCUCCUCCUCCUCCUCCUCCUGCAGCCGGGGAGCCCUCUCCCUGCUCCGGAUCCCCGCAGCAGCAGCAGCCUCUCCGCGGCUCCAGAUGGCUGGACACGAGUGGGAGGACUGGUUCGAGCGGGAGGAAUUCAUCGGGCAGAUCAGCGACAUCCGAGUGCAGAACCUCCAAGUGGAAAGAGAGCUGGUUCAGAAGAGGACCUUCACCCGAUGGAUGAACCUACAUUUGGAAAAGUGUGACCCGCCCAUUGAGGUCCAUGACCUUUUCCGGGACAUACAGGAUGGACACAUCCUCAUGGCCCUGCUGGAGGAACUCUCCGGCUGCAAGCUGCUUCACGGGUUCAAGAAGUCCUCCCAUCGUAUUUUCAGACUCAACAACAUUGCCAAGGUCCUGUCUUUCCUGGAGGAGAGAAACGUAAAGCUGGUCAGUAUCGAUGCAGCCGACGUCGCUGAUGGAAACUCCUCCAUCGUCCUGGGACUCAUCUGGAACAUCAUCCUCUUCUUCCAGAUUAAGGAGCUCACUGGGAACAUCAGGAGCCAGUUCCCCUCCUGUUCCAGCCUGUCCUCCAUCCCCACCAGCUCUGACUCCGACACGUCCUGCAGCACGCCAUCAGACGAGAGACAGUCGGCGUCCACGGCCAUGCGGGAACACAGCAAGGCCAUCAAAAAGCUGCUCCAGUGGGUGCAGAAGCGAACACGCAAGUAUAGUGUGGCAGUGCAUGACUUUGGGAAGAGCUGGACAAGUGGUCUGGCCUUCCUGGCUGUCAUUAAGUCCAUUGACCCAAGUCUGGUGGACAUGAGGAAGGCACUGCUGAGGACCGCCAAGGAGAAUCUGGAGGACGGCUUCAGGAUAGCCCACUACAGCCUGGGUAUCCCACGCCUACUGGAGCCUGAGGAUGUGACUAUCAAUGCACCAGAUCAGCAAUCCAUCAUGACGUAUGUGUCACAGUUCCUGGAGCACUUCCCUGGCAUAGAGGAACCGGAGGAGCCCGUCCAGCUGAUCGAAAGAAGUGUCUCCAUGGGCCGACUCAACUUCCGCGACAGUGACUCCAACCACAUAAGGAAUAGCAUCCACCAAAGCAGAGUGAAGGAGAGGUCCUACAUGUUCCAGAGGGUCUGUACCCAACCGCCACCCAAAAUCUUAAUAUCCUCUGUGUCAGAGGACCGGAGCGCCAUGUCACCCCCCUUCAGGCCGGCUGCAGCUCGCUCGUGGUCCAGUGAAGACAUCUUAGCAGAUCCCCCCCACAUAGAAGACAUCUCCAGCAGUGUGGUUGAAGGACCUAAGGGAUCUGCCAGUGAGGUCUCAUCCUCUAACUCCCCACAAUUGUCUUACACUCACUCGCCCACUGGCUCAUCGGUGCCCGAGUCUGAAACCACGGAGUCAGUAAUUGGCGACUCAGCAAUCAGCUCACCAGACUCCUGGGCGGAGAGCGAGUUUGGGGUGAUGCCGGAGAAGUUCUGUGAAAGCCGAAGUGACAGUUCUUUGUGUGACAGUGGAACAGCCUGGGAUGUGUAUCGUGCCACCCCUGUGGAGGUCACGACUUUUGAUGAAGGAUGUGUCCUAUCCAUGGAGGAAAGAGCCCCCGAUGAGCAGUCCAUUACUGAGUCACAUAUCGAUGAAGGGAUUUACUCACUGAGCUCAGUGGAAAGCACCCAGGAGAAAAUUCAAUGGCAUUUUGAGACAAAGCAACCGGAAGUAGUGAAAGGGAAAGAGGCAAACCUUGAGAAGUACAAUCAAGACAUGGCACCAGAACGGGUACCUGAUUAUAGCAAGGCUGAAAUUACAGAAGAAGUAGAGUCUGAACAGACGGAUACAAGUCAGAGCAGAGAGGAACGACCUUCUUUGGGUCUGUGUAAUGCAGAGGAAGUGACCAGCUCAGGUGUGCAAAAUCUCCAGGAAACUGAUCGAUCUGACCAGUCGCUACUCAAACAAACCAUUGUUGAAGAGAGCACUGGGGACUUCAUUGGCGGUGUAGGGGACCAUAAAGGACAAAUUUCUGGUCAAACUGAAAGUCAAAAUGAGUCAAGAGAGGUGUCUGGGACUUUGAAGGAAAGGGGCGACGAGGUUAUAGAAACACAAGAUGGAGCUAGUGAAGGAGUUCUAGGAGAUGACCGAGAUGCUCAAGAAAGCUUUAGCUCAGAUACUUUAGCAUACACACAUCCAACCAACCAGGACAGAGCUUCAAAAACAAGUCUGGGCAUAAAUGUUCCUCUGAUCUCUAUUUCAAGUGAGCCAGAAGAACAGGACGAAGAGGGAAUAUGUGACCCAGAAAGACAAGAUCAUGCUGGGCACGGUGAGGAACGUCAGCCGGAGGGAGCUGACACGGAUGUCAACUGCCCUCAAAAUCCACACGAAUUGAGCCGUGAGUCCAAUGAGAACGCUGAGCUUCCUUCCUGUCUGGUACCAGAAAAUGAUAAACCGACAGCUUCAGAACAAAUAGGGGACAUAGAGAGCGGGCAUGGGGAUGAACAUGACACCAGCAGAUCAUUGAAUUCAGACAAAGGAGAGCCAGACACAAGAGAUGACAUGGCAAUAUGCGAUGGACACAAGGACCCCUCUUCAGACAAGGACACAGCUCCCACACAGCAGAACCCAUCAGAUCCAGUCAACUUGAAACCAAAUGGGACGACAGAGAUUUCAUCUGAUGAACCAGUUAGUGUCUCCAGAGACACAGACUUGUUUUAUACAGACUUUGAUCAAAGUCCUCCCACAGAGGAUGCAGUUGGUGACCCUAUCGAACCCAUGGAUCUGUUCUACCCUGACAAAGAGGAGCCCAUGUUUGUGGAGCCACCUGAUACUGAAAUGCAGAGUUGGCCUUCAGUUUUGAGUGUAUCUGCUCUGGAGCCGGCGCCUGCUUCAGAGACUCAACCUGACGAACCCCUCAGCCUGCUGGGUGAAGACUACAGGAAUGGAGUGGAUUGGAUACCCGAGAAGCACAAGGUAACCACAGACACCUACCAGGAGACUGACAGAGCAUCUGAAUCCCAGGAACCCUGUCUGUUGCCCGGGGAGAAGACGGGAGGACUCUGGGGCGGUGAUGUUCCAGCAGACGGCAGUGAUCUCAGCGAGGCCGAGCAGCAGAGCUCAGGCUCUGCCAGGGAAAACACAGAGCCCGUGAGGAGUGACAGUAGAAGUUCCAGCAGACAGGAUGAAAGCCAGAUCCCUCCAGUUCUCCGUCACAGAAAGGGGGCUCGCUUCACUGAGUCCACGGACAAUCAGACUGCUGUGACUGCAGCGACCAGAAAAGCUGACAACGGUGACUCUGAUAUUUGGUGCACUGAGAGUGGGGAGCUCUAUGUGCUGCUGCUGCUCUGGCUGCUGCUCUACUGCUUCUGGCUGCUGCCCCAGAUGGACCUGAAGACACUGCCCAGCCUGCUGCUGAACCUCCACCCCUGAACACACACUCACACUCACACAUACACAUACACACACUUAGUAAAAAAGAGAAUUAUGUCAAAUAAAUACAAAUUUAAAGCACCACCACCAAAACACACACGCACAUACACACACACACACACACAAACACACACACACACACACACACACACACACACACACACACACACACACACACACACACACACACACACACACACACACACACACACACACAGCUCAACUGCCACUCCUCUUUCCUCUUCAUUACACUGACUGUACUCCAGACCACGUGAAGGCAUUUAAGAGAUGUGUAUUUCUACUACAAGAGCUUUGUCUUAGGUUUUUGCUUUUUAGCUUUCGAUGUGGCUUGAAGUAAUCUGUAUGACAAUGUAUAUGGGCCACUGCUACAGAAAAAUGAAGUCAGAGGAAAGAUGCAAUUGUAAUUUUACAAGAUAAAAAGUCCUAAUGUGUCUGACAGCUGUACUAUUUGGAGGGCAAAAAUAUUAUUUUGAGAAUGAAGUUGUAAACUUGCAGAAAAAAAGUCACAUUAAAAGAAAAACUUGUAUUGUUACAAGGCUGGAAUUUCAUGAGGACAAAUCAUAAUAUUUUGAGGAAAAAUCAGUGCUAUUAAAAUAAAUGUGCAAUUCCUUUUAUGUAAUUAUUAUUUAAAUAUACACAAACAUUAAUAUCUUAGUUAUAAUAUAUCCAAUGACCCAGAACGUUUUUCUUGUGACUUUGUGACUUUUUUCUCUAAAUAUUUACUUUUUACUCACAAAGUUAUGACUUUAUGUAACAUUAUAACUUCUUCUCGAAAUAACAACUUCCAUCUCAUAACAUUGCCGUGCUUCUCACAAUGUGACAGUUUAAAUGUGGGACUCUUGUGGCUGUGGCCCUGAUAUUCUGUUUCUAAGACACUAUAGAAGUUAGUAGUUAACACAGAGCUGACAUUGUAAGACAACAUGACUGUACAGCGCACUCUGAUUUGUAGAUAGAGAUAGAUAUAUACUAUGGAUUUAUGGACGCACCGUUUGCCUAUCUGAACAGCCAUUUAAGACGAUGUGAAAAGUAAAAGUACUUUAAGCUGAGAAUAAAACCUGGAGACUGUGGAGCUGUAUCAGGAAAAACAAUAACAAUAUAUAUAUAUAUUGUUAUUG